UAUAAUUGGUAUUGCUAUGUACGUUGUACAUGUACGUGAACCCGCUGAAUAUCAUGUUUGGUAUAAUUCAACUGAACUCCGGCGUGGUAACACUUGCCUUCGUUUUACUGCACCAUAGAGCAGGUCGACUAUAUUAUUAAGAGAUAAUUCGGAUUCUGAAAUAAGAAUACUCCCACGUUUUAAUUUGGUAAGAGAAGUAUUUGCAAAAUGCAACGCUAGUUGGUGCAUGACUCCUGUAUGCUUGUGAGAUCUGGAAUAAAAUGGAAUGAUAUUCUUCUCGCAGAGGGGUUAUUCACAUGUCUAAGCGGAAAUGGACUGCUUUCACGUAGCAUUUAUCAUUUCUGUCGUGACCAGCGUUUCCUAUUCUUAUGGAUUAAAAGUUAUAACCGCAUCUCUAGGAGAGAGGGCGACCCUCCCAUGCGAACUCCAAGAUUCAGCCACUGAUAACAUCCUUUCGCUCUACUGGAGAAAAGACGGAACUACAGUCUACUCCCAAACAACAAAUGGAGAAGUAGGACAUGAUAGGUAUUCAGUCAUCGAUGCAUCAUCUCUCGUUAUCCCUGAUGUUACGAAGAGCGACGCUGGAAAUUAUUCUUGUAAAAUUGUUAGUCAAACAUUUCAAACUGAAGAGAGCGACAUCACGCAGUUAUACGUGACAGAUGUUGCUGUGAGCCACUGUCAGGACAAUGGAGAUGGUGAAUGUAGCUGUUUCAUCAAUGGUUCAAACAUUACAUCCUUGAAAUGCUCUGCAUCCGGGUUUCAACUUCCUCCUGUGAUCACGUGGGACGUGGGUCAGGUGACUUAUCGAUCUUCCACCCUCGAUCUGACUAAGUUUGCUGAAAACUUCACCCUUGUCUGCAAGGCGAAGGAUAGGAGUGUAGAUAACAUGGAUAAUAAAACAGUGUGCGUCUACUACAUGCCUGAAUCAUCAUCUACCAUGUCAACUGAGAUAUCACCUGUAGUCACAUCUUCUACAAGUUCAGAUCGUGUGUUCCUUGCUCUGAUGAUAUUAUUCAUUAUUUUGCUUAUAGUUUCAUGUGUUGGUUUACUAUACAUGAAUCAUACACGCACAAAAGGUUCGCGGAACUUUCAUUUGCCCAUUCAUUUGAUUUCAAGGUCUACAUCAACGCCGAAAUCCCAACAAACGAGUAUUCCUCUAGAGGCAACGGUUAGUUAUGAUGCAGGAGACGUCAACGUCGUGAAGGACAGCUGGAAAUAUGCUAAAGGGAGCGAUAAGGGAAGUGUGAAUUCAAAUGAUGGGCCAAGAUCAGUCUAUUCUGAUGAUAUAGACUACUCUCCAACAUGUCCAAAGGAUUGCAAUGAAGACAUGGUUUUGGUGGAUGAAGCUGCGCCAAGUCCCGCGUUACCACUGGUAGGACAGGUUCUCCUUGAUGAUCUACGCUCUGCAACCGAAGAAACUGAAGAAGCUAUGAAAAACGUCAUCGUUGCGUUGUUAUCAAAACGAAAGGAACCUUAUGAGGAUGACCAGUCACAUAUUGAACCCAGUAUCAGUGUUCAGUCAACAUUCAUGCCCACGCCAUUGCAAAAUAGCCUUAAACUGGAUCCUGGUUUGGCAUUUGUUCACAUGGUUCUUGAUGAUCUGGAUCAAAUCCUUGAUGCCCGAGACAGAGACGAGUGCGAAAUCCUUAUUACCAAACCUGGCUUGAGAGAUAUCACAGAUGAAUCCCAGAUACCAACCUAUCAAGGAAAUAGAGUCAUCCAACAGAGUCGUCUAGGCAACUCGUAUCAGUCUCCCACGCAAGAUAGCAUGACGUCAUCCAUGGUUAGUAGCAUGAUGGCCUAUACUAAUACUCCACUAGCUUCUGUCUUAGAAAACGAACUGAGAAAGAAGCCAACUGAGAGAACAGCCAUGCGUAACUCUAUCUCUCAAAUUAUCUUAGAUGGUAUGACGGCAGGAUACUCGAAGAGAGGAAACCAGGAACGUUUGAUAAGCCGCAGCACCGGAGGUCUGCCUGAUAAUAGUAUGUCAGUGUGCGUAGAUAUUGAAGAGCAAGAUGACGAAGUUUCAAGACUUGUUGCCUUCUGGAUGAAUAAGACUGCGAAGUUAGACACUAAGGUUAAGAAAAACAUUAAGAGAUACCUGUUUCCGUUAAAGCCAAGACAUGGAAAUAUCCAUGAGAGUUUGGGAGCAGAUUCGGGAAUACACUCAUCCAAGGAAGGAGAUGACAUACCACCGACAGCAAAGCUUCUUGAUAGCAAUGGUUAGCAAACUCCAGAUUCUUGUGGAAUCUUAAACUAAUCUUCAACACCAAAAUCGAAUUCUUCCGAUUGAAUUCGGACCGAUUCUGCCCGACUAUGGCAUCAUUCGGAUGGUUUCGGUUGAUUUGAAUGUUCCUGUAUUUUCUCGCAUUCGGGGAGGGGAAACAGAAUACCACC